AUGGAAACAACGUUAAGCCCCAACAUCAAACGUUGUGUUUCCUCCAUUGAACUGGCUUUAAGCUCCAUCCAGUCGAGCACUAUCAUUACUCAACCUGAAUAUAUCACCUACCAGCAAACCUGGGACAAUUUAGACCACGGAGAAGUUGAAAUCGAUACUCAAGAUGAAGAAUUCAAUACCCAAUGGAUAGCUAGAACCAGAGAAUUCAUCUUUGAUAAUUCAUUCAUCACCAUCAUUCACAAGUACAUCGAAGAAAUAGUGGCCCAGGAUCCUGAAGAUACCACCAUCGUCGACAUAGAACAGUUUAAAUGUAGUUCUCAUCUCAAACAAUCAUUAGACAAAAUCUCCACCGUCCUAGAUCUUACCAUUUCAUUGAUCUCCCACGAUCCUUUGUUCAAGAAAGUGUUUUAUAAACUCCUUUCUGUGGUAACUACCACAAUAUUUGAAAUAUCCACAAAACAUUUAGCGAUUUUUUGGUUGUUUUUGGAAUCUAGAAUCGACACCAUUAAAGCUAAAGCUUUUGAUGGAAGUAUGGGUGAUAGAAUCUCCAUUUUACAUUUUACUAACUCCUUGAUCGAUAGACAUUUCAAUCAGUACCAUGGGGCUAAGGACCCGGUUCAUAAAGACACAUUUAACGAUACCAUUCAAACGAGAAUUCGAAUUUUUACCAAUAAGAUGUUAAAAGUUAGUGACGAUACCGGGCUCAACCGUCAUUACCUCCUCAGUGAUAAGAAAUCCCCUAAGAUUUUACCCCGUAAGGCCAAACGAUUUGUCAGUGAUAUUCUUUUGAUCUUUGCCUUGAUGAAAGAUCCCUAUACUUUAGUUAAGAAUGAGAGUAAGUUGAAACAGUUUUCAAGGGUUGCCAGUGAUUUGUUUGAUGAACUUAUGAACCAGGAGAUUCAUUAUUUGAAGAAGAACCCUUCAGAUAAGUUCAAAAUCCCCGAUACUUUGCCUGAGAACGAGAGACUUUAUUUGGUGAAGAAAUAUACCACGAAAUUUUACUUUCCUGAGGUUUAUUUCCAAAGUCAGUUCAAUAACAUAGAGAAACAGAAAAUAGAAGACCAGGAUGCUUUGUAUGAUUUGUUCGAUAAUGCCGUGUUUAGAGAACAAGUGAUUUUUCAAAUCUAUUUCACUUGUGAUUUCCUUUUUGAGUUCACUAAUUCUAACAAGAAAGCGUUGUUGAAGACCUUACCGGCCAAUUCCAAACAUUUCAUUGAAAGUUCUACCAGUGAUUUCAUGGCUAAGACAUUUUACCGGAUUAAAAAGGAAACUUUGAAUGGGUUCAGAUCCUCAGACAGCCACUUAUCGUUCUUAUUAAGUAAUUUGAGCUUGAGUGAGAAGAAUUGGUGGUUUUGGCUUUUGAACGGGAAGAACAGUAAGGUUUUGGUGGAUAAGUCGGUAACGGAAGAAGAAUUGGUGAAGAAUAAUGAAAAAUUUGAAGGUUUAUUCCCUGAAAAGACCACUAAAUACUUCAAUAUCUAUGCCACCCCACAAUUAUCCAAACGGAUGAGAGGUAAACGAGGUUUAGACGAAAUAACGUUGAUUGAACGAGACGUAGAGAUGGGGGAUGAAGAUGAGGUGAAGAAGUGGAGAUUAAAGAGGCUGAAAAGAAGUAAUUGGUUAGAAGUGGGGGAAUAG